UGCUUUGAUCACUCAUCAAGAUCACUAAGCCAUAAUUUCUAAACCUUGGUGGAAAGCUAAGGCCUUUGUCAAAUGUCUGUACUUCAGAUGAGAAUUAGCAGUUCAAAAUUUGUCAUGACAUUAUAGCCAGGCACAGAACCUGCAUUAUGACAACUGGCAUUCCUCCAGCAAAAAGUAACUUUUCUGAACUCUGGUCAGGAACACUGCCUUUUUCAGUGUGUGGAAGGAGCGUGCAAGGCAAUCUUCCAUAACCUGACAUCCUUUCAAGCCACUAACCCUUCUGGUUGGGUGUGAUGAGAGUUGUGAAUCUCGUCUGGAGGGUACCACAUUGGGGAAGGCUAGGGUUGGGGAUGAUGGGAGUUGUCUCCAUCUGGAGGAUGCCUGAUUGGGAUAGGCUAGGGCUGUGGUAUGAAGGGAAUUUUUACACAUCUGGAAGACACCAGCUUGAGAAAGGCUGGCUGGAAGAUUCUGGGAUGUGUAGUCUCUGAAAGCAACCUUCCCAGCAUCAGUUCUGGGCAGAUCUUCAGAGGUCAUAAAGGAGUUUCUAGAAGCAGAGAUGGUGCAGGUGCUUUCUUGAUGCUAUAAAGUUUGAAGUGUUUUCAGGAUCAGGUCGCAGAGCUAUAACUCACCUUAUCUCCAGCUGAGUCUCAUUGCAGAAGGCCAAAGUCACCCCAUAGUUGUAACACAAGUCAGCUGUGAAAGGAGAGGAGACCCAUCUGCAGUAUAUAAAGCUUCCUGGGCCUUCUGUUUGGCUUCUUUGGUUCAUUCAACUCAGAUAUCAGCAUGGGGUUUUCUCAUGGUUUUCAGGGCAUCCUUUUGUUUAUUACAAUCAGCCUGGUAAAUCCUUACAAUCCCUGGGAUUUUUCAAGAAAUGAUUUGUCCUGGGGAUCUUUUGCCAGAGAUGUCCCACCAGUGGAGCAGAUCUAUGGCUCUUCUUUGGCUUGGUCCUCCCCCUGGGCUUGGGUGGAUGUCUCCCAACCAAGGGUUUUGUCCAGUUUGCAACCAGUGACUGUACAAUGUGGAGAGGCUCAGGUGGUGGUGACUGUCAAAAGGGACCUUUUUGGCACUGGGAGGCUCAUCCAGGCUGCUGACUUGACCCUGGGUUCCCUGGGCUGCCGGCCCACCUCCCUUGAUGCUGCAGAAGAUGCUGUGAUCUUUGAUGUGGGGCUCCAUGAGUGUGGCAGUACCUUGCAGAUGACUCCAGACUCCCUGGUUUAUAGCGUAACCCUCUACUACCACCCGAAUCUUGGAAGCAAUCCUGUUAUUGUCAGGACCAGUUCAGCUGAAGUUCCAAUUGAAUGUCAUUUUCCAAGGAAAGACAACGUGAGCAGCAAAGCCAUCCGACCCACAUGGGUUCCCUUCACCUCUACCAUUUCUUCAGAACAGCGGUUGGCCUUCUCCUUACGCCUCAUGAAUGGUGACUGGAGUGUUGAGAGAACCUCAAACAGGUACCAGCUGGGGGAAACCAUGCACAUCCAGGCAGAUGUGAAUACUGACAACCAUGUGGCCUUGAGGCUCUUUGUUGACCACUGUGUGGCCACCCUGAGUCCAGACACUGCGUCUUCUCCCAGAUAUGCUGUUGUUGACUACCAUGGAUGUUUGGUUGAUGGGCAAUCAGAUGACUCCAGCUCUGCCUUUGUGUCUCCAAGACCCAAACAAGAUUCUCUCCAGUUCAAAAUUGAUGCCUUCAGGUUUGCAGGAGACAUCAGAGAUGUGAUUUAUAUUACCUGCCACUUGAAAGUCACAGCAGCUGAUCAACCUCUGGAUCCUCUGAACAAGGCUUGCUCUUUUAAUAAAGCCAGUAACAAUUGGCUCCCAGUUGAAGGUACUGGAGAUGUUUGCAGAUGUUGUGAGACUAAGAACUGUGGGUUAUUUGGAGGCCAAUCUGGAAGCCGCAAUGCCUGGUGGAGAGGCUCAGGAGGACGAUUCCAGAGAGACGCUGCUUCUAUACACAAUGAUCCUUCAGUGGAAGAAACGGAAGCUGAUGUUGUGCUAGGACCUGUCAUCUUGGAUGAUCCAAAUACUUUAAUGCCUCGUUCUGAACUCCAAGACAGAAUGGGGCUAAUGAAAAAAGGUGUCCAUGCAAAGUUUCUGUUUACAAUGAUGGGCCUGACUGUAGCAACUGCCCUUCUAGCGUUGGCUUCAGUGACUCUGGUGUUUCUCCUUGCCUGCAAGAAAAGCCAGACUCGGGUCAACCGUGAGCUGUCUUGACCAAUUUUGAAAUGCAAAACAAUAAAAUAAAAUAA